GACCUCGAGGUGGCUGAGCUGGGGGACUCCGAUGUCCACGUCAAGAUGUUGGCAGCCCCCAUCAAUCCCGCCGACAUCAAUAUGAUCCAAGGGACCUACGCCAUCCUCUCCCCGCUGCCGGCCGUGGGAGGGAACGAAGGCGUCGGGGAAGUGCUGGAGGUUGGACGGCGCGUGGCGGCGCUGAAACCGGGGGACUGGGUCAUCCCGGCGGGCGCCGGACUCGGGACGUGGCGGACGCAGGGGGUGUUCCCCGAGGAGAUGCUGCUGAAGGUGCCCAGCGAUAUCCCGGUCCUGUGUGCCGCCACCCUGAGCGUCAACCCCUGCACGGCGUACCGCAUGCUGGCCGACUUCGAGACCCUGGCGCCGGGUGACUCCGUCAUCCAGAACGCUGCCAACAGCGGCGUGGGCCAGGCUGUUAUCCAGAUCGCCAAAGCCUCCGGCAUCAAGACCAUCAACGUGGUGAGGGACAGACCUGAUCUCCCAAAGCUGGUGGAGUGGCUGAUGGCUCUGGGCGCAGACCACGUCGUCACGGAGGAGAUGCUGAGAAAACCGGAGAUGAAAGAUAUAUUUAAGAGCAUCCCGAAGCCCCGGCUCGCCCUGAACUGCGUCGGAGGCAAAAGCACUACGGAGAUGCUGCGGCAUCUGCAGCCCAAAGGGACCAUGGUCACCUACGGGGGGAUGGCAAAGCAGCCCGUGAUGGUGCCUGUGAGUGCGUUCAUCUUCCGGGACGUGCGGCUCCGUGGCUUCUGGAUGACCCAGUGGAGGAAGGACCACGCGCAGG